AUGGACAUGAUAUGCUCACCUCUAUCUAACCAAAGAGUCGAUUUAGCGCAAACACUUAUCCCAAACAUUUGCCUUGCUGACAACAACGCCUCUGACAAUAAACAGAUCGACUUUCUUAUAGGUGCAAAUUAUUAUUGGAACUUUGUAACAGGACAAAUUAUAAAAACCGAGAACGCUCUUACCGCUGUUCAAACUAUCCUUGGUUGGACUCUUAACGGAAAUGUGCGGGCAUCUUCUUCGACUGUUAACGUUGCACACGUUUUACUUUCCCAUGGCGGGCACGAACUGUCAACUGAUAAUCUAAAGAAAUUUUGGCAAGUCGAGGACAUAAAUGAAGUAGAUACUACGUUUAACAUAGGUAAAUUCAGCGAGAAAAUUGAUUUCGAUGGAGAAAGAUAUUCCGUCCCAUUACCAUGGAAACAAGAUCAUGAACAGAUACCGGACAAUUUCCAAAACAGCCGAAAUCGGUUAACAUCAGUCUUCCGCCGACUUAAGGCUAAGCCCGAGCUUCUGCAACAAUACGACGACAUCAUUAAACAGCAAAAACGUGACGGUAUCAUCGAGCAGGUGACAGAGCCGCCACCGCCGCCAGGUAAAGUCCAUUACUUGCCCCAUCAUUACGUCUUAAAGGAAGAUAAGUCCACAACCAAGGUGCGCAUUGUUUACGAUGCUUCUUCAAAUUCUCCGUCACUCAACGAUUGUUUGGAAAAGGGUCCUUCUCUUCUUCCUCUACUUAUGGACAUCCUUAUCCGUUUUGGGACCUACAAGGUUGCGGUAGCAAGCGACAUUAAACAAGCAUUUUUAAAUGUGGCGAUCAACACACCUGAUCGUGACUUCUUACGCUUCCUAUGGUUUGACGAUAUAACAAAAGAAAAUCCUCAACUCAUGAUAUACCGAUACACUCGUGUAAUCUUUGGAAUGAACGCUUCACAGUUCCUUUCAGCUGCAUCAAUUAUAAAGCACUUGGAGAAAUACCAAAGUGCCGACCCUGACUUUGUGCUAGCUUUCUUAGAAAAUCUUUAUGUCGACGACAGCAUUGGCGGAGGAGAUACCAGCGAUCAGGUGUUCACAUUUUACCAAAAGGCAAAAGCACGGCUUAAGGAAGCUGGUUUAAUCUUACGAAAAUGGCGUUCUAACAGUCCAACUCUCCAAGCGGAAAUCUCCAAAUUCGAAAUCGAGGAUCCAGCUCCUCCCGAUGAAAAAAUCUUGGGCAUCACAUGGGAUACGACCAAUGACGAAAUGGAAAUAGACCUGUCAAGACAAAAACAGUUAGCUCAAUCCGACGUCCUUCUAACUAAACGCAACAUCCUAAAAAUCAUCGCAUCGAUUUACGACCCAGUCGGUUUGGUUUCGCCCCUCGUUGUACCGUUUAAGGUAUUCUUCCAGGAGUUAUGCACAACCGUAAACGAUUGGGACACUGAGGUUAGUGAGGAAUUAAAGGACGAAUGGAAUUCGUUAAUACAGUUAUUUUCAAUCUCGUCGAAAUAUCGAUUGCAACGUUAUUACUUCGCUAACUAUCCUUUAAGUGAUUUAAAAGACAUCACCCUGCAUGGCUUUUGUCAUGCAAGUAGCGCCGUUCCAGUAGCUUUGAAAUUUUGUUGGAGCGACUCAAUUGAUGCACUAUUUUGGGUUAGAAAUAAUAAUUCUAGUAAGCCAUUUGUUAAGAACAGAGUGACAAAAAUUAGGGAUUUAACGCCUCCAGCUAUGUGGAGAUUUUGUCCCGGAAAGUUGAACCCUGCUGAUUUAUCAUCUCGUGGUGUAAACAAGGCCAAUAAAAACAAUUGGUUUCAAACAUGGACUGUCGGACCUAGUUUUAUAUAUGAAGAUCAACUACAAUGGCCGGAAGAACCAAAUAAUAAUAAAAUAAAAAUUACAAAAUCUAGACACUGUAAAAAAUGUUGUUCUACUAAGCCUGUUUUAUCUGAUGAAUGUCCUGUUAUUUGCAAACGGACCGUGGACCUUGAGGAUCAUCUUCAAGAUCAACGGCCCAGCCUUAGACAACGGACUGGGGACGUUGGGGUUCGACCCCAAGGUCAACAGCCCUAUUUUUCAGGUAGCAUAAUAAAUUCAAGAACUCUACCUAUCGAGGAGCUGGUCAACUCCACACCUAUAAACCUACGACGAAUAUUUGACGUCGAACGAUUCAGCUCAAUGCACAAACUUUUGCGCGCUACAGCUUACGUGAUUAAAUUUAUUGAUUGUCUAAAAUCUCGAAUUAAUGGUAACGUAUCGAAACAAACCUUGUUGUCAACUGAAGAUCUGGAACAUGCAGAACUUUUGUGGGUUAAAACAUGUCAAAAAGACUUAACAAGCCGUUUAAAUCAGUUAAAUAAUACUCUUGGGCUUUUUAUUGACAAAGAUGACAUCAUCCGCUGCAAAGGACGGCUCCUGUAUGCCAACUUGCCGUACGACUCUAAAUAUCCCAUCUUGUUACCUGGUGACUCAUACCUAUCAACCUAUCCAUUUCAAUCUACAGGAGUGGAUUACUUGGGACCACUCAUGGUCAAGCCUAUAUUUAACGAAGAUCAAAGCGCAAUGUUUCCGGUACAUGUUGCACUAUUUACCUGCGCUGUUACUCGUGCAGUCCAUCUGGAUGUAGUUCCCGAUCAGUCAGCCUCGUCGUUUAUACGAACUUUAAAACGAUUUAUAGCCAGACGCGGCAUACCUACGUUAAUGAUUUCCGACAACGCAACGUGCUUUAAAAACGAAGAACUUAGGUUAAGUGAAGAGUUAUCUAAAUUAAACGCCUUGUUUCGAAGUAGUAUAUCUUAUGAAGAACUUCAAACGGUGCUAUGCGAAGUUGAAAGCCUUCUUAACUGUAGACCUUUAACGUACAUCUAUAACGAUGACAUUGAAGAGGUGCUCACUCCAUCACAUUUAAUGCAUGGUCGCAACAUAUGUAGGCCUUGUGUUCAGUCUGGAGAUGCGGACGAACUUGAUAGCAAGGCAAAACUUUCAAAACGAAUGAUGUACAUAAAGACCUUGAAGGAGCAUUUUUGGAAUCGAUUCAGUAACGAAUACAUAACCAAUCUGAGAGAGUUUCACGCACAAGGACCAAGUCACAGUCGUUCUGUUGAGCUUGGAGAAAUAGUCAUUAUUCAUUCUGAUAAGGAGCGCAUCAAUUGGCGUAUGGGAAAGGUGACAUACCUUAUUACGAGCAGGGACAAUAACUUCCGUGCAGCUAUAGUUAAAGUGUUUACGCCGUAUACCAAAGUCAUUAACUAUAUGAAGCGACCAAUUGAAAAAUUGUAUCCCUUAGAGGUAAAGAGCGUUGAAUCUGUGAGUUACGAGGAGAAACAAGAAAGUAUGAAAAUUAUGGACAGCGAUAUGACAGUUAUAGCCGAUGACACUGCAACGGAACGCCCCAGAAGGAUUGCAGCAGACAAUAGCAUUCUUAUACGACGUAUUCUGGGGCAAACCUGA